AUGGCUUUCUCGCCUUCUUCAUACAACACUGCCAAAGACCUUCGACUGCAUUCUACUAUGGCAGAUCAAUCAACUCCGCUCCGUAUCGGAGUGGCUUUAUAUCCAGGAUUUCAAGCUCUGGAUGUAUUCGGCCCAUUGGACUGCCUGAAUACACUGUCUAAAGAUGAGAAUUUUACUCUGGCUCUCCUAUCGUCAUCUUUGGAGCCAGUCUCAACAUCAUCACCUCAAUUUCCAAACGCAAUUGGCCAAAGCGUUGUACCAACGCAUACCUAUGCAGCUCCACCGGAACUUGACGUCCUGCUCGUUCCGGGUGGUGUCGGUGCACGUGAGCCUGGCCCGUUAAUAGAGGAAGUCGUCACGUUCAUCCGGGAUGUCUAUCCGUCUCUCAAGUACCUGAUUACUGUCUGCACUGGAUCUGGACUUGCAGCGUGCGCUGGGGUUCUGGAUGGGCGACGCGCGACGACUAACAAACGGGCGUGGCAUGAUACUACGGCGUUGAGUAAAUUGGUGAAGUGGCAGCCGCAUGCGAGAUGGGUUGUCGAUGGUAACAUCUGGACUUCUUCGGGUGUUAGUGCUGGAAUUGAUGUUACGCUUGCUUGGAUUGAGGCGGCCUUUAGCGCGGAAACAGCGAAAGAUGUUGCAGACAGAAUAGAGUACUCGCGGUGGAAGGAUCCUAAUCUGGAUCCUUUUGCGGAACUUUAUGGCUUGUGA